AUGUAUGAACCAUUCUGGGGCCCUCCAACCUCCUCAAUAAACUGGUGCGAACAAGAUUACCUCUCAACGCCCUACCUCGCCGAACUUCACAACUCCAUCUCCUCCCUCCUCAUCAUCCUCUUCUCCCUCCUCGGCCUCGCCUCACCUUUGUCUAGACGAUGGACCGCUUGGUGGUGGACAUGGAUAGGAUUACAAGUUGUGGGGUGGGGGAGCAUUGCUUUCCAUGCCACAUUGAAGAAGGAGGGACAGUGGAUGGAUGAGGGCCCGAUGGUGUGGACAUGUUUGGUUGUCAUAUACAUCUUCGUGCGGGCGAGAUACCAAAAAGAACACAGGAAGAAGGUGCAAUGGUUUAAAUCGUUUGCAGUGGGGUAUGGUGUUGUGUGUACGGCCCUCAUCACCAUCUUACGCGGUCCGGUGCAGUUUACGACAUUCCACAUUCUCUUCGGGAUUAUCGAGUUCUCCGGCCUUGCGCUAACCUACCUCGCCGUUCCCUCCUCCUCCUCCUUCUCCCCCAACACCCCAUCCUCCACCACCACCACCACCACCACCAUACCCUCUGCCCAAGAGAUGCGCUCCCUCUUCCGCCUCGGCACCUCCCUCUACGCCCUCGGUGUCGCAUUUUGGAUGUUCGACCUUCACCUCUGCUCCCACCUCUCCCCCCUCGGAUCAUGGCCAAACCCCCAAGGACACGCGGUAUGGCAUGCCUGUGUUUCGGCGGGAUUCUAUGUUUUGAAUUUGAUUUGUGGGAUUGAGGAUGCCGGGGCGAGGGGUGAGGGGGUGCGGGUAAGGUGGUGGGGUGGGUACCUUCCUUUGCUCGUUCCUGCUGAUGAGAAGGGCAUUGUGAGUGUGAAGGAGAAGGUGAAGUGA